GGAAAGACAGAGAGAAACAGGACAGUGAGGAUGGAGGAUGUUGGUCAUGAACUCGCUCUCUUUUUCUCUCUGAUGGAAGGAUUUUUGGUCUCCAGAAGCUAAUCCUCAAGAUUUUGUCGAGUGGUGCAGACGUCCCGGUUUCAGAGCCGCUGAGUCUGAACACACACGCAACAGGAAGUCCUGCUAAUGCGAAGAACACGCGAGAGAUGUAAUUCCACUCGGAGAAGCUUCUCGAAUCCACAGAGGACCUGUGAAGACAAAGGAGAUACAAUAUGUGUACACGAGUCGUCUGUGUGUGAAACAAAAAACAAAGAAAGGACAAACAGGAGACAGUAGAGUAAUUAAUUCACCUGAGGAGACAAAAAGAAAGAAAAACAAUGUUUAACUAAACUGAAAUCAACAUUUGGUGGUGAAGUCCCAAAACGGAUAUUUACCUUCUGGAAUAAGUUUAAUACACACUCUUCACACUUGGAAUACAGGAAGGUCAUGACCCAGAUGCCAUGCGGAUCACCACGGUGACCGGCCUUCCUAACCCCGCCCCCUUCUUUUUCCUAUUGGCCCAGCUGCUGUUUUGGCUCCUCCUCCUGGGCCAAGACAUCGCAGGAGCCACGUCGACCUGCCCGACACCUUGCAGCUGCUCCAAUCAAGCGAGCCGAGUGAUCUGUACGAGACGAAACCUGGACGAGGUUCCAGAAAAUAUAUCCAAUAACACGCGAUACCUCAACUUACAGGAGAACUCGAUACAGGUGAUAAGAUCAGAUACCUUCAAGCACUUGCGACAUUUGGAGAUCCUCCAGCUUUCCAAGAACCAGAUUCGUCAGAUUGAAGUUGGUGCGUUCAAUGGCCUCCCGAACCUCAAUACUUUGGAACUGUUUGAUAACCGUCUCACGCUGGUGCCAUCGCAAGCGUUCGAAUAUCUCAGCAAGCUUCGGGAGCUCUGGCUUCGAAACAACCCCAUCGAGACUCUGCCAGGCUAUGCCUUCCACCGCGUGCCCUCACUUCGCCGUCUCGAUCUGGGUGAGCUAAAAAAGCUGGACUACAUUUCAGACGCUGCCUUUGUUGGUCUUGUCAAUCUGCGCUACCUGAACCUGGGCAUGUGCGGUCUGAAGGACAUCCCCAACCUGACACCUCUGAUCCGGCUGGAGGAGCUGGAGCUCUCUGGAAACAGGCUGGAAAUCAUAAGACCUGGAUCAUUCCAAGGCCUGGAGUCUUUGCGCAAACUAUGGCUUAUGCACUCCCAGAUGUCUGUCAUUGAACGCAAUGCCUUUGAUGACCUCAAGAGUCUGGAAGAGUUGAAUCUAUCCCACAAUUCCUUGCACUCGCUGCCCCAUGACCUCUUCACCCCAUUGCAGAAGCUGGAGAGAGUGCACCUCAACCACAAUCCCUGGGUAUGUAAUUGUGAUGUGCUAUGGCUUAGCUGGUGGCUGAAAGAAACUGUACCAAGUAACACAACUUGCUGUGCCCGGUGCCAUGCACCGCCCUACCUGAAGGGCAAAUACAUUGGAGAGCUGGACCAAAGCCACUUCACGUGCUACGCCCCUGUUAUCGUCGAGCCUCCCACUGACCUCAAUGUGACUGAAGGCAUGGCUGCUGAACUCAAGUGCCGUACUGGAACCUCCAUGACGUCUGUAAACUGGAUUACACCCAAUGGAACCCUGAUGACCCAUGGGUCAUACCGCGUCCGAAUCUCUGUGCUACAUGAUGGAACUCUGAAUUUCACAAAUGUCACCUUGCGCGACACUGGUCAGUACACCUGCAUGGUGACCAACUCAGCUGGCAACACCACAGCGACGGCCGUCCUGAAUGUCACCGCAGCAGACACCAGUGUCAAUUACACCUAUUUUACUACCGUCACUGUUGAAACUGUAGAAUCCACAGGUGAAGAGGAUUCAGCCCUACGUUCGAUCAAUGAGACCAUUAUCCACAUCCCUGGUCCUACACCUUCUGGACGUCUCUGGCCUGAUGCCAUCCCAACAACAGCUUCCUCUCUGUCGGUUUUUGGAUCCUCAUCUUCUCCCCGAGCAACCAAACCCACAUUUACUGUCUCAGUCUCUGAGCCGAGCUACCCCACUGGGCUGGAUGACGUAAUGAAGACUACCAAGAUCAUCAUUGGCUGCUUUGUGGCUAUCACCUUCAUGGCAGCUGUCAUGCUUGUGGUCUUCUACAAGCUGAGGAAGCAGCACCAGUUGCACAAGCACCACGGUCCAGUGAGAGCCAUCGAGAUUAUCAAUGUGGAGGAUGAGAUCGGAGCCAGCGCUAGUGUCCGAGGAAGCGGGAUCUCUGGUGGUUCCACCAUGCCCCAGGCCGGAUCCAGUGGAGGAAGCCAGAGCCUGAGGCUGCAUCACCCGGAGAUUGUCAACCUGCCCAACCUGGCUCGGACGGACCACCUUAACCACUACUACAAGCCCCACCACUUCAACAACAACAUGAUGAGUUUGGGGCUCUCUGGAAGCUCUGGGAUCGGCCUCAACAACAACAACAACCCUUGUUCCCAGGCCCAACCCACGCCGAUCUCCUGUUCCCAGGUGCCCGUCUCAGUGAGCUCCAUUCCAUCCUCAAUGCCCCUGCCUACCCUUGGCAUCCAUGGAUCACUCAAAGGCCUAAUGGGUAAAGGGCAGAACCCUCAAAUCGAGCCUUUACUCUUUAAGAGUGGCUCCAAGGAGAAUGUUCAAGAGACUCAGAUCUGAGAAAGAGAGAGUGAGAGAGUGUGUGAGAGUAAGGGGAUAGAGAGAUAAAACAAGGGAGGGAAAAAUAGGAAGAUGGCAUGAGGGAGACAGAAACAGAUGAAGUGUACUGGCUGUUCAGCCCCCGUGGGUUUGUUGUUCUCAGGAGUAACGAGCGAGGUAGACCCAGCAUUGUAUGACAUAUUACCUACACAAGAAAAAGACGUUGCUGUGAAUCACUACACUGCAAUGCCAGAGACAGAGAGGGAGGGAGAAAAAGAAAGAAAGACAGAUGCCGCAGCAUUUAGAUUAAUGCUUACCGAACCAACGCUCACUCCGAUCAAUGUCAAAGUGACCAUCAGCAGAGCAAAUGCACUCACACGUCGUUCAAUAAGGUAUCAAUUUAAUACACGAUUAGUAAUUAUGUGCCAAACUUGCACAGAUACGUGCCAAAGCAAAAUCUUUGUGCAUCAGCAUUGCGAAGUAUAUCCACAGAUGCUAUCUCACUGAAAAGUUUAAGAACAAUAUAUCAGACAUGUCAGUGUGCAUCGUUACAGCUAAGAUGCUGUAAGAAAAUAACUCCACACACAGUAUGCAGUAAAUGAGACGUUUAUAAAUUCGAGAGCAAAAUUUUUAUAUAUGUAUAUCGAACAUACAGAUGUGUUCUGAAUAUGUAUAUACAACACAAGCAGCUGAAAGUAUUAUAUUGUGGGUGUAGGAGUGCCAAGAAAAGAAAACAAUAGGUCAUGAUUAUAAUUUGUUAGGUGUAGAGGUUUGCAGUAGCAUUCAGGGUCGAUGGAUUAGACAGACCAGCACUGUGUCGAGGGCUUGUGUUUUGUUCUGAUGGACUCUGCCAUAUUCUCGCUUUCUCUGUCUUUUUAACACCUCGAGGUGGAAGGAAGAGAAAGAGAGAGCAUUCUUUUGUUUCUUUUUCUUUUCUUUUUAUUUGAAGGAACCUAAAGGGCAAAAGACAAUUAUCUAAAAAUCUGAAAACAAAAAAUGAAACUGUGAAACUACACAUGAUAUAUAAAUAUAUUUUCAUUCAGAGAAAUAAAUUAUGAAGAAUCUUUAAUUUUUUUUUUGUUUUCUGACCGAAAGCCACGUCUUUGGAGGGAUCAAGCGGCUGCACUUUGCCGACCUUUAGUGUGCUCACAAACGGCCGAAAGGGCCAAACGUUGGGAUUUUUCUGGAGAUCCUGGAGUUUCUGUUUUGACUCAUUUUUAGUCCCUGAAACCCCUUUUCCCUUUUCUUGUUGCAUUUUACUAACAGGGUUAUUGGUAACGUGUCAUGUUUUGUUCAUCCUUACAGUGAAAUUUAUCCCAGAUUCUUGUUGCAGUAUGAACAUUUUAGCAUUACGAUGUUGAAUUAAAUUGAAUUGUACGGAUUGAGGGGGGGAAAUAAAAUCACCAACACCAACAAACUAUGCUAACCACAAUGAUAACACAGUAAUAGGUAAUGUAACUAAAAGCAAAAUGUGAAUUUUUAUCUAAAUGCUGCUAUACACAGAGAGAAAUAGAGAAAGAAAGAGGGAAAAGUUAAAUUAUAUGAUGAUUUGUCCCUCUAUAUUAAAGACGUGAAUACAAUUUUAUGGCUAUUACAUGUAUUAUAAUAAUUAAAAUUAUAAUUAUAAAAAUGCCUAUAUGUCAGCUUUUUUUAUUUUUUAUUUUAAUUCCAGUUCCUUUUGUAUCCAGAGGUGAUGUUUGUAUUUCAUUGUGCUAGACGUGAUUGUCACCACAGCGGAUUAAAUUUUUAUCCCUAGCGGAAUAAAAACAAAAAACAAAAAAAUGACACCAACUUCAGCAAACAUCAAAACAUCAAAAUAGAAAAAAAAAACACGAAGGGCCUCUGAUUGAGGCCUCUUUUCGACUCUGUUUUCUACAACCUCAACCAGGAGCCUGAAUAUAUUUUUCCCCUUGUGUGACUGAACAGAAAGCCAGGCUCUGGCGUUAACGUUAACGUUAACAGUGCAAAUACAGUGGAUUAUAACCUCGUCCUCGGACAUGGACUCGGACACGUUCUUGGACAAAGACUUUUAACGCCUAAUGACUCUUACAGAAAAAAGGUAAGAGACUGAAAUAGAAUCUGGAAAGAUUUUUUUUUAAAAAUGGAACAAGGACAAAUAUCUGAGAAAAUAUAGAAAUAUAGAGCUCUUUUAAAAGAAAACAGACCUAUUAUGAUAAUAAGUGUCUUUCAUUAUUUGUUUUUAUCUAGUUUCAUUUUUUUCUUUAUUUUUUUUUAAAGAUCAAGUGUUAUCUUAAUUGUAAUAUUGUUAUUGUUAUUAUGAUUAGCAAACUCGUUAUUCUGAGAAAUAUUCUGUUUAGCGGAAUUAAAAAGAAAUAUGGCACACAAAACAUGGGAAACAUAAUGAAACCUGGUGGUGUUUGAUUUUAUUUAUUAUUAUUAUUAUUAUUUAUUUUGGGCUUGCGGUGUAUUAUGUGUACUGCUGCUCAGAGGGACAAGAUGGUGGACAGAAAGAGUCCUGUUCUCAGAAUGACACCUAUUAGCGGUGCUGAGAAGCGCUGCUGCGCCGUGUCAGCAUCCUGUUGCCAUGGCAACGCGCCUUCGAUAUAAUUGAGCUGAACCGCAUCAAAGCUGCUGUGCCAUCUUUGCUGGUCCAUUUGCUGGUGUAUCUGAAGAUACUUCAACCUGAAACACACAGACACACACACACACACACACACACACACCCUCGCUCUGGCUCCGGCAUCUCCACUCAUUCCCACGGCGAGGUUUCCCUGGCAACUGUUGCCGCUGCGACGGUCACCAACGCUGUGUUCAGGUCUCUGAUGCAAAUGUGAGGACAGAAAAUGUUUCUCGAAGGUGUAACACACACACACACACACACACACACAGGUGUGUUUUUUAUGCAUGACACACACCAGUUCAUUGACAUUCAUGAAUCUCACACAGCCAUAACUAACACAGCACUGAUCUUCCAUAUGCACUGGUGUGAAGGAGGAUUAUUUCUGCAAUGUGAUUUAUGUGUGUGUGCUUGUGUAAAGAUUUUCCGAUUUGUCCUGGUGCAGCCGUCUAAAUCUAAAUAUUUAUGAUCCAAUUCAGAACAGCGUGUUAUGUUGUGUCAGUAAAAUUCUAUAGCACGGGCACAUGUUUUUUCUUUUAUUUAAAUUUCGCAUAUUAAUUAGUAAUCAUGCGAGAAAUCAGGUUUACUUUGCUAUAUGCUUUAUGUCUCUCUCUCUCUCUCUCUCUCUCUCUCCCCCGUUUCUUGAUGAAGGAGGCGUGGCCUGUAUGGCUGUCAGUGCUAUUGACGGAUACAUGGCCUCUGUGUGUAUCCCAGUGAAGGAGGUGUGGCCUUUGUGCAUGCUUGUUGAAAUAAUAAGGCAUGGCCUGUAUGUCUGUUAGUGCUACUGAAGGAGGCGUAGCUUCUGUAUGUCCCAAUGAAGGAGGUUUGGCCUCUGUGUGAGUCCCAGUGAAGGAGGUGUGGCCUCUCUAGCAAUCUGUGAUAUAGAAGGAGGUGUGGCCUCUGUAGCAAUCAAUACUAUUGAAGGAGGUGUGGCAUUUGUGUGAGUACCCAGUGGAGGAGGCGUGGCCUCUGUAGCAAUCAAUAUUAUUGAAGGAGGUGUGGCAUUUGUGUGAGUACCCAGUGGAGGAGGUGUGUCCUCUGUGUAUGUGAAGGAGGUGUGGCUUCUGAGUCUGUCAGUCCUACAGAAGGAGGUGUGGCUUCACACUUGUUAAGGCUAAAACAGUUCUAAAUGGUAUAGUAUUUAUUUUGUUAGUGAUACACAUCAGAGGUAGAGGCUGUGUGUGUGUGUGUGUGUGUGUGUGUACAAGUCAUUCUCUAUGAAGCUUUGUAAUGCCUUCAUAAACUGUAAGCUGUCUCCUUCUAUCUGCCUCGUAGCACUGCAGUGUCUGAGUCAGAGAGAGGAAAACACACCACACAGCGCCAGCGGUCCUCAGCUCUCCUAUAAACACACACACACACACACACACACACAUAUUCCAGCUCCAUCUUCAGUGAGCAGAGCCCCAGAUUGCUUGAGGCUGAUGAGGGAUUGUGCAAAGAGCUGCACAGAAUACAGUGCUGCUGCUGCGAGUCCAGCUAACCUCCAUUCUUCUGUGUGUGUGUGUGUGUGUGUGUGUGUCUGCGAGCAGCAGAGCCCUGUGAUAUUCAAGGUCCUAAAAAUCUGUCUUCUGUUUUGAAAUUUUGUGUUUCAGUAAACUUGAUGUUGGUAAAGUUGCGGCUUUACUCUGAAAUUGGAGACUCCUUCCUUAAUUUUAUUUAAGAAAUAGUUAAAAAAAACUCCUUCCAGAAAACUUCUCCAUAUCAAAGACCAUGUUUUAAUCUGUUUAUGUGGAGCGUCUGUGAAUGAUCUGUUACUAUAGAAAUGAUAACGUACCAGAACAAGUGGAUUACUAGUGCAGCUGCACUACUGUCAACACCUGACCAAUCACAAUCCAAAAUUCAGCAGUGUUAUGGUGUGUGUGUGUGUGUGUGUGUGUUUGAAUCCUGGAUUGUGGGUGUCCAUGUGUGAAGUAUUUCAGAAUGUGAGUUUUUUUGCUUUUCUUGUCUUUGCUGCAUUCACCUGUCAAACAGAGAGAGAGAAAGAGAGAGAGAGAGAGAGAGAGUGUGUGUGUGUGUGUAUGUGUGUGUGCGCAAGUGUAAAGUGUUUCUGCUUCAGUCUGCGUGCCCGAGUGUGUUUUUCUGCGUGUCAAGAAGAAGCCGGAGAAUGUGAGGAGUGGAGGAGCCGACCGUCCAUUUUAAACCCAACAGUUUCUGCAGUAUUGCGGAUGAUUAUUCCUUAUGGGGCGUGUUCCAAAUCACAUCCUGUUCACUAUAGAGUGCUCUAUUUUAGGAGU